AUGGUGCCAUCGUAUCUUUUGGUCGGGCUCCUCACUGCUCUCUGUCACUCAGCUCACGGCUUGGAGUUCAUUGACAAAAUCCAGCAAAAUGUCGAGGGCAACACACUCUCAUUACUCCAUGAUGUGGAGGAUGCAACAUCUGUGAAAUUCGGCACCUCGCCCGAUUCCCAGACGCAGGGCUGGAAAUUUAACACCGAGGGCUUCAGUGAUGAUGAUGCUGUUAUUACGCCUUCAAACUCCUCCAAAACGCUCGUGUGCGAGAAAGGCAGCAAAUGCAAACUGGAUCUCAACGGAUCGAAACAACCCUAUCGAGUCGUCAGAGUGGAUGAGGAAAAUCCCACUUUUACGUUCCAAGACCUUUCUACUUCGCUCUAUGUCUCCCGGACAUCUGACCUCUAUCUGGAGCUGACUGACGUCGUUUCGGAAUCUAUCUAUUUCCAUUUGGCGGCAAUCCGAGAUAACCACGAGGAGAUAUAG